AUGGAAUACACAUCUGACCACUCAAUCAGCUGUAUUCCUGUUGUUUUGAGGAGUAAAUUUUCUGCUUCUCAGUUCUGGGACGACUGCAGCAAAUAUAACAUCACUGUUAUACAGUACAUAGGUGAAAAUCUGCGUUAUCUCUGCAACACCCCACAGAAACUCAGUGAUAAAAAUCACAAAGUUAGACUUGCAAUAGGCAACGGGAUGAGAGCAGAUGUUUGGAGGGACUUUGUAAAACAGUUUGGAGACAUUCAAAUCAGAGAAUUUUACGGAGCAACUGAGGGGAACUUUGGUCUGUUGAAUUAUAGUGGCAAGGUGGGAGCUAUUGGGCGAGACACCUUCCUGAACAAGUGGCUUUUUCCAUAUGCUGUGAUCAAAUAUGAUAUAGACAAAGGAGAGCCUUUGAGGGAUUCAUCUGGUUUCUGCAUAGAGGCUGCCAAAGGUGAACCUGGACUUCUGGUGACUUUAAUAACAGCAAAAUCUCCAUUCGUUGGUUAUGCGAGAGAGACUUGCAGCAAACUGAGAAAAAGAAGCUGCAAUAAUGUCUUCAAGAAAGGUGAUCUGUACUUCAACACUGGCGACCUGCUGCGCACUGAUGAGGAUGAUUUCAUUUACUUCAGUGAUCGUGUUGGAGACACGUUCAGAUGGAAAGGAGAGAACGUAGCUACAGCUGAGGUGGCUGACAUCCUCGCGCUGGCUGACUGCAUUAAAGAGGUCAGUGCUUAUGGAGUCAAAGUGCCGGGUCUUACCAAUUUAUCUACUAGUGCCAUGUUUAAAAAACUCGGGAUAACCUGA